AUGGUGGCACACGACGACUUUGUGCAAGACCUCUACCAUUUCCGUCCCGAUGAAUCAACAAGGAAUAUGCCGCUGGGACCAGGCGCUGCGUCCAUGAACCCGGAAAGUACGCUUUUCGGUCUGCCGAGAGAGCUCAGAAUGAAGAUAUACGAGUAUGCCUUUGAGGGCCACACGCUUUCCCUGGUCAGAAGCUCGACCGGUAAGCCGAAAUGCCUAUAUACGCCGCCCUCUCUUCUGGAGAAUUCCAGGUUCUCCGUUGAUCGACUCAAGCGCAGUUUGAUGAAACCCUACUCCCAUCCGGACCAAGACCCAAGUACAUAUCCUCAUCUACUUUGCCGCGUAUCCAAGGUGAUUCGUGAAGAAGCCAUCCCCAUUUCGGCUGCUUGCACUAAGAUCUUGCUCUGUCCCGAACUCCCACCCGUGCCGUUCUAUCGAGCCGCCUACGGUCCACCUACCAACAGCGGCUCCAAUCAUUGCAUCAUGACCGUCAGCCCAAAAGAGGUGCUCAACUUGAAGUUCCGAAAUGCGAUCAAUGGUCUAUCCCUUAGCAUGCGGAGCACCUUAGUCAUAGAUUACAAGAAACUUCCCAAGCUGGCUGGUCAUCAACACGGACCUGAAGCACGGCAAGAUUCUGGGCGGGCGCACGGGCGGCCCGCAACUGCAGCGCGUGGACCUGCGGCCAACGGCGUGGUUGCUUGA